AUGAGCACGUUAAACCGCGUCUCCCAGAAGUCAUGGAGCUCGCUGGCGUGGGGACUUUUGUUCUGGGGCGGCGGAAUCGUGUUGUUUUACUCUGUUUUCAGUUAUCUCCAAGAGAAAAUGUAAGUUGGACCUUCAUCUUUCUAUUGUUUGCCUUUUAGAACGAAAGGAAAGUAUGGCGAGGAGAAAACACAGUUUACUUAUAUGCAAAGUCUGGUCCUAGUGCAAUGUUUAUUGAAUAGUUUGGUGGCUUACGCCAAGAAAUCUAGCGUUAGAAAUGUGGAUAAUGUGCCAUUACGGAUGUACUGCUUUUGUUCUAUUAGUUAUUCGUUAGCUAUGUUGUUUAGUAACGUGGCUUUGGAGUAUAUUAACUAUCCAACUCAGGUGAGAGAUUUAAAAUGCAAAAGCUUGUGAAAAUCAAGGAAAAGUUACUGUUUUAGGUAUCAAAUUUGAAAAAAAAUCUUUUCUCACUUUAUCAAACAAAGAUAAAAAAAUGAUUAAAUUAGCUAUAUUUUAGGUUCUUGGCAAGUCGUGCAAGCCAAUCCCAAUUCUUGUUGCUGGCGUACUUUUCGCUCACAAAUCAUAUCACUGGAGAAAGUACAUGUACAUUUUGAUGAUCGUAUUGGGCAUGGCAAUAUUCUUGUACAAAGAGAAACCUGGAACCCAUACCAAAGGUUAUUCUUUUGGCUGGGGUGAAGGUUUAUUGGUAAGAUUUUGAACGCUUUUGAUGAAUUUAGUUAAUAAACGAUUUUUUCAUUUUAGUUUGGAAAAGUACGUUAUAUGGUUUGUACAUAAACUACAAUAGUUUAAAUGUUAAUUUAAUGAUUUUCAACAUUAAUCUGUACUUUUAGGGAUUAUCACUGGUCAUGGACGGAGUUACGGGUGCUGUUCAAGACAGAAUCAGACAUUCUUAUCAUACGGAGAAGUGGAAUAUGAUGUUCUACAUGAACUUGAUCUCUUCUGUCAUCCUCGGGUCUAGUGCAAUUGUAACUGGCGAGAUUUUGGAAUUUAUUUCUUUCAUCCAAUCAUAUCCUGACGUGCUGUUCCUGGUGACCGCGUUUGCUGUAUGUGGAGCCUUGGGUCAGGUAAGGCAUUUUUACUAUUUUUUUAAAAUAACAUAAAAAAUAAGCGAUAUCUUGUUUAUUAAACAAAAUUGGCUGUUGCAGUGCUGUAUCUUCCACACUGUAACCGAAUACGGGCCUUUAACCUGCUCCAUUGUGACCAACCUUCGGAAGUUGUUUACCGUCGUAGCCUCGAUUAUUAUCUUCCAACAUCCGUACACAACCAAAGACGCUGUUGGAGCUGGUGUUGUGUUCUUGGCAUUGUUUUUUGAUGCUUGGGACAGUAAAAGACAACAUACGAAGGUGGUCAAGGAGUAA